AUGGCGUGCGGGCGGUUCGCGCUGGCGUUGACGCUAUCCAUCAUGCUGGCCCUAGCGUCAUCCGGCGCCAGCGCCGCAAGCGACGCCUCAGACGGCAGCAUUGAGUCCGCGUCGGUGGCCGAGGUGGCUGGCGACGCAUAUGCGGAGGCCGAGCCACGGGGCGUGACAGUUGUGCUGCCACGCGAAGUGGCAUUGGCCGCUGCGAAGCUGGCUGCCAACACCGCCGCCGGCCUGCCGCCCAGCAAUGAGGCCUGGCUGGCUUUCGCGGCGUCCAUCAGCGCCAGCCUUCCGCCGGAGCUCACCAAGGGCCCGCCAGAGAACGGCACCGUCGCGCAGAUGUGGGCGUGGUGGGACGCAAAAGGCAGGAAGGCGCCCGCCCGCGCGACGCCGGCGUUCAAGUGCCUGGCAGAGGCGUUCGAGGGGGCGCCCCGCGACAAGAAGGUCUACAGCCAAUAUGGGGAGGAUGGGAUCAUUGAGACGAUAUUCAGCUGCAUCAAAGAGAAGAACAAGGACUACGUCGAGUUUGGCACUGAGGAUGCCAGCGAGUGCACCACGCGCUACCUGCGCACACAGGGCUGGACGGGCCUGCUGAUGGACGGGAGCCAUGAGAAUGCGGACAUCAACCUCCACACAGAAUACAUGCGCAGCGAGAACAUCGUGGACCUUUUCAAGAAAUACAAUGUGUCGCACCCGGUGUUUGACCACCUCACGGCCGACAUUGACUUGAACACAUUUUGGGUGCUGCGGGCCAUCCUGGACGCCGGCUACCGCCCCCGUUCCGUCGCAAUCGAGUACAACAGGAACUUCCACCCAAACCAGGCCUACACAACUCUUGACAUGCCGCAAGAGGUCUGGGCAGCGGUGAGUGCCACUUGA